AUGGGUUAUCUUACCCUGACCUCUUGUCAUAGUUCCACUGCUUUUUGUGUAGCUCUUCUAAUUGGAAUAAAAUGGGCUGGUAAGGGCCUUAGUUGUUCAACAGAGUGCACCUGUGAAAAGUGGAAAGUGGACUGCAAAGGAAAGAAGUUAGACAACCUUCCAACCUCAAUCCCACUGACUACCAAGGAGUUGAUUCUGGCUGACAACAAUCUCAAUGGUUUACCACCAUUAGAAAUGAGCUAUCUGAAUGAACUAGUCUAUCUGGAUUGCAGCCACAACCUGAUAAAUAUGGGCCUGGAUUUCACUUUUCCUGGCAUGGACAAACUAACAUACUUGGACCUCAGCUUCAACCAAAUCUCCUACAUAACUCCCCACACUUUCUCACAGCUGAACAACCUGCUGCUGCUGAAUCUCUCAAGCAACCCAAAAAUGGUCGAGAUUAAGGUGCAAGCCUUUGACAGUAACCACCUUCUAAGAUACUUGGAUUUGAGUGAUUGUGGCUUGUCUUACAUCAGUGCUGAAAUAUUCAGAGAUCUGAACAACCUCCAUUCUUUGGGACUAAUGGAUAACCCCUGGAAUUGUGACUGCAACUUAUUGGAAUUUUGCACCUGGAUGAAGAAGGCUAAUGUUCAGUACCCAAACCCUGCGAAAAUUAAUUGCAAAACCCCAGAAGAUUUCCAGGGUCUGGAAGUCCUUGAGGCAGCAUCCAAACUCCAUUACUCAUGCUUUGUGCACUUAGAUACAGAAGAUUUCAUAUUCAUGGCUCUGAUUGCCUUCUGCAUCUUUUUUGGAGGAACUCUGGUGGCCUGGCUGGUUGGCAUAGGUACAGUGAUAUAUUACCACCCUAUCCUGAAGGUGGAUGAUGAAUCAGAGGACGAGGAGUACAGGAUGAUUUAG